AUGUCGUCAAGAAAUUUAUAUCUUGGUAAUAUUCAUCCAGAAACACAAACACAUGAACUAAGAGAUAUUUUUAAACAAUAUGGAGAACUUGAACGAUGUGAAGUGAGAUUUGGUGGUCCAACAUAUACUGUAGCAUUUGGUUUUGUAUCUUAUUAUUCCAUCGUUCAUGCUGAGCUUGCUCAACGAAGUGAACAUGGUCGUAUUCAUCGUGGUCGUUCAUUAGUCGUUGAAUUCACAAAAACAACACCAGGUCAAAAUGUCAGUCGAAAUCGACGUGCAUUAUCAAAUGGACGUUCGAAAAAUAGAAAUACUGAUGGACGAAAUCGAUUAACAUAUAGUCGUCAUGAUUCGUAUAGUGGAUUUCGACGAUCACGUUCAUCAUCUGGUGAUCGACGGUCAUCAAGACAUCGAAAUACUAAUAAUGAUCGUCAUCGAAAACGAGAUCGUUCUCGAUCACCACACGAUCGUCGAUCAAAUUCAAAACGAUAUCAUUCAUCUCCAAAUAAUGAUAGAAGUCGUUCAUCAUAUUCAUAUAAAGAUAGAAAAUAG